AAACCUCUGCUUUUCUCUUCUCCUUUGAUUCAACAAUUUCCAAUCUUCUCUCAAAAAUAAAAUAAAAUAAUAAUAAUAAUUCAUUGAUUUCUUUUCAUCAGUCUUCUUCCUCUUCACCUUUCAUGGCGGUUCUAGCUCUUUUAUUUAUCAUCUUGGCCAUGGCUACUAGUUCAGGUGCUACCUGGUGUGUUUGUAGAUCUGAGUUGAGUGACUCAGUUCUCCAGAAGACAAUUGAUUAUGCUUGUGGAGCUGGGGCUGAUUGCAGUCCUCUACUUCAAAAUGGACCCUGUUUUAACCCCAAUACUGUGAAAGCUCAUUGCAGCUAUGCUGCCAAUAGCUAUUUCCAAAGGAAAGGGCAAGCACAAGGGACUUGUGACUUUGCAGGCAGUGCUACUAUUGUUACAACAGACCCAAGCCCUGCAGGCACCUCUUGUGUCUUUCCAUCAAGUGGCAGCUCUGCAGGAACUACUCCUCCAGGCACACCAACAACACCCAGCACAACACCACCCGGUACAACACCACCCGGCACGACAACACCCUCCACUGGCCUCACUCCCCCAACUGGAAUAAUAGGAGGAUCUGGCUCCAGUCUCGGCCCCAUUGGAGUGAACCCUGACGGAAGUGGUGGUGCUCUCCAUACAAAGGCAGAGAUGGGUUCUCUCCAUGUGGUAUUCUGGAUUUCAUGCCUGGUUCUGUUGAGAGGUUGAAAAAAAAGAGGAGAAAGGAUGUCGGUGGGGGGUCAGAGCCUUGGAAGUGGUUUGCUUGUGAUGGAUGGCUGAGGUUUUGCCACAGCAGGUGGGUGGGCAUGUGAUUCUACAGUGGGGUUAUUUGGAAUCAUCUAGAAAGACAUUCCCCACUAGAGAUUGUCUUUUUCUCCCAUGGGGGAAAAGGAGUUUUGGAUUCCUUUGGGUUUUGGGUGAGUGAUGUGGCAGGUGUAAUUUUACUUAUUCUAGUGGAUGCAUAAUCUGUCUUUUUAUGGACUUCCCUUCUCAUAUUUUGUAUAUGUAGGAGGCUGUAAUUCAGUAAUUCUUAUUUAUAUGCACGAGAAUUUGGUUCCUUGUCUUUGGA